CAAUUUGAACUGGAAAGUUGCAAGUCAUUCCCUUUGCUUUUCUCAUUUGGCUCUCAAUAUAAAUGUUCUAGCCCAAGUUCAUCUAUAAUUCCAUAUUUGCCAGAUGGGGAUCAUCAUGAGCGUCAUCGUGGGAAAAGGUUUGCCAUCAACACAGAUGCUAAAUUUAGCAUUGGGAACGCUUUACAGUCGAUUCGUGGACAAAGAUGUCAACAAUUUUGAGGACUUCCACGUUGCUAUUCUCGAUAUUUUCAACACCUUCAACGAAUCAUUGCCUGGUAAACAUUAUGAUGCUCCCACCAGGAAGGAAAUCGAGGAAUGUUUUGCAGAAUGGGAAGGAGCCAAAGAGUUAGAAAGGAAGAAGGUAUUCGUUGAAUUUAUGAAGAAGGUGAAACUGAGCAAGUUGGACGACGCUACAAUGAUUACCGGACUAGUAACGCCUCCAGCAGCCAUGGCAGCUAAGAGAGCAGGUGAGAGUGUUCCACAGCUGAGAAUAAUUAAAUCCAUCCCAGAUGUUGUCUUCGUACCUUCUGCCACUGUGUUGGCAUUGGUCUCUGUAAAGCUCUCCAGGAGGAUCUUCCUAGGGAAUGUGGCAUCAACAUCAUGACUCCACGAUGCAGAAAUCCAGAUUCUCGAUGAGUAUAAUGUUCAAAAACAUGAUCAAAAAAAUCGUAAUAAUAAAUGAUAUUGUUCCUAAAUGUGAAUGUUGCAAAGAUCUUAACAGAAGUUGCUGUUUCUGUUAUAGCAGCCAGAACUUGAAGAAAUCCUAGUGUGGAUGCAUGCUCGAACAAUUUUCUUAGCAGACGAAAUUUUUUCAUAUUCAUUUUUUGUUUAUCUAGAAUUGGUCUUGUCGUAGGUUAGAAAGUGAUUGACUCGAAUUGGUUCUACAAAAGUACAAAGCAAAGGUAUUCAGUUUCAUGUAGUGAGAUCUCCAUAUUCAUCCCAAGCAACAAAAAAAAAAAAAAAAAAAACAAAGCCCAUGAUCAAGGUCAUCAAAAGGAAAAAAAAAACCAUAUAAAGUAGCGAAAAGGAUAAUUGACUGGAUAUUAAAGCAAUACUACUGGUAUUGAAAACUCAAUAUACUAAUUCAACUCAACAGGUAUCCGAAUCAAACACCAGUUUUAAGGUAAGGAGUGAGAUUAUAGCAAACUAUUAGUAUGUACAGAUGCAACUGAAGCAACGGACAAUUUUCAUCCAUGAACAAAGAGAGAGGGGAAGGGAGAGCUAAAUCUAGCAGAAUGGGCAGCAUGUACAGAUUUUCUUCGCACCAAAGCCACACUAAAAUGAGAGCCUGUUGGUUCUUGCUUUGCUUAUUUGCUCAUCUUUACGGCAUCUUUUCACCUUUCAAUGAACUUUUUCAAUGUUGUGGUCAGAAAAAGUUCACCGAAGGCAAAACGAGUCCCCAAAAAUAGGAAAAGAAACAAGCAAACCAAACAGACCCUGAAAUCUUUUUUUCUUUUUCUGGGCCGGCUAUUCCCAGCA